CGGUGUUUUUCUCUUUAGUACUAUUGUAUCCCCCUCACCAUGAACCUGAAACGUAUAUACCUUCGCUACUAUCCUCCCGGACUCACCUUCGAGCUGACAGACUCCAGAGGCUCUUCCUGUCGUAGGGAGGUGGACCUGUUCGACCUCCGCCCCGAUUCACAGGUUAAUGAGGUAGUAAGGGAGGUGACGGCGCGGGAGGCUUGUGCAAUAGGGCAAAGAGGGCGUGUUCAGCGGUUAGUGGGGCGCCUAGUGCAAGCCCUACACGCUUCCACCCACCACGUCCACAAACGGCACACCACCCUCCGCGCCCACAUCCUACCACUCACCAAUGUCGCCCUCAACAAGGAAGCUUCUCUGUGCGCCACUGGCAGCUAUGACCGGGAGUGUCGACUGUGGAGGACGGAGGACGGAGGGGCGGUCACCACACUAAAGGGCCAUCAAGAUGUUGUGUUUGAUGUAACCUUCGCCGGCAAGCAUGACGAGUUAGUGGCUACCUGCAGCUUCGACGGGACGGUGCGUGUGUGGGAGGCGGCAACGGGGAGCUGUGAGUUGGUGCUGGCGGGUCAUGAUGGUCCAGUGGCAGUGGUGGCGUCCCUCCCCACCUCCAGGCAGUUCCUUACCACCGGCGGGAUGGACACCUCCGCCAGGAUAUGGGACCUGCACAUGGGCGAGUGCGUGACAACCCUGGCAGGGCACAAGGGCGCCGUAGUUGGCGUGGGCGGCGACAGAUCAGGUCACGUCCUCUACACCGCCUCCUUCGACGGUACCGUCAGGCUGUGGGAUGCCAGGACCCAUGAGAACAGUGGGACCUUGGUGGGGCAUGAUGGGGAGGUGAACGGAGCAGGUAUGAGCUGGUGUGGUCGCUACCUGGCCUCCUGGGGUACUGAUGCCUCCGCCCAGGUGUGGGACCUCCGCCACACCCACCACACUCUCUACACCCUCCACCACGACGCUGAGGUGGUGUCAGGGGCGUGGGACAGCUGUGGGCGGCAGCUAGUGACGGGCGGCGUAGACAGGACCGCCCACCUCCUAUAUCUGCCCACCCUCACUCAUACCCUCCAGCUCGACGGACACGGCGGCGAGGUCUCUCAGGUGUCUUUUAAUCCCGCUGGGACCCGGGUCAUCACGGCUGGGGAGGACGGCUACCUUAGGGUGUGGGACGCCAAGGACGGUCACUGUGUCCAGGAAUGUCGGGGGCACGAGGACGAGGUGUUCUCCCUAGCAGUGAGUUACAGUGGACAGGUGAUGGUCACUGGCAGCCGAGAUAGCACCUGUGUCAUCUGGCGUCACUCCCACACACCUGAUACACCGGAAAAGUAAUGCCACACCCACACACCUGCACACACUUGACGCCCCUGGGAGGUAAUGCCACACCCAGACACCUGCCCCUCACACACCUGACGCCCUGGAGAAGCAAAAACAAAAACCCAAGUCAUACCCACCUCACACAUGAGACAGCCUGCAUGGUUCAAUCCCACCUUCUGUGUGUAUGAGUUUGUCUAAUAUUCAUCGCGAUCAACAUUACAAAAGGCUUCAAAUCACCUUAAAAUUAACCCUUUAAGGACGACACUUUAACCCCAUGAGGAUUAUAGCAUACAAUGCCGUCCAUAAAAAGAAUUAUAGGUCAAACUAUCAACAUCUAAGAGAUACGGACACCAUCGUCCUCAAAGGAUUAUAGACUAAAGUUAAAUAAUAAUAAAUUCUAAGUGGUUUCUUGUUACUUUACGAUUGGUAUAAAUUUCAUAUUUCCCGUGAUGUUUUUCUUUUUCCUGUUCAUCGUUUAUCAUAUU